CUAAAUUAGAUGUCAUAUAAUUUUCUAUUAGGCUAAAACUCCAACGAGUCGACAAAAUACGAGACAUUCUCAGACAAGAGUUUGUUUUUGCAAAAAUGGAUAACUGUUUUAGUGAAGAAAAAGCUACCAAGAUUCCAAAUUUCAGUUAUAAGAAAUCGUUUUUGUACACACCAUGUAAUUGUCCGGUUGUGAAUUGCGAUUUCUCCGGCCAAGAAAAACCAUCGACCGAACGAAAGUACAAAUCAUCACGGCGAACACGUAGAUUAGCCAGGCCAAAGUACGUGAUGGAAAAAUUCUAUCGGCGUCCGGUAAGACAAUACGAGCGCACUAUUCAAGUGGUUCGAUCUUACCGCGAACCUUACGCAUCCACUCGAAUCCAGCAUCUAGCAGUUCCGAAGGUACGCAAGCUAAUAGCAGCUCAGGAAGAGUACAAGAGGUUCAUAAAUCGAUGCUGGUAUGAUCGUUUCAGUAAAAGAAUCAAGCGGAGCAUGUUUACCGUCUACAGUCGAUUGGCGAAUGUACAACUGCCCCAGAUUAAACCUAAAUCUUCAAAAAUGACACCGGAACAAUGGAGCAAACAUCAACAAUGGCUCAAAGUUAACGCACUUCAUAGGAUGGCCAAACCAAUAAAAUUGAAACCUCGUAAAAGAAUGAAUUAUUCGAAUCUUUUAGAACGCAUCAUAAGCCUAUCGGCGCCUCGUUGGGAGAGAAAAAAAUUUACCGGCCCUGCUAAGUUUCAACCUGUCAAACCAAAAGCCCUCAGUGCGGUUGCCACCGAUAGAGUGAUGAAACUUUGCGUUCCCAGGGAGAGACAACGACGGACUAAAGGACCAAUUAAAGAAGACACUGUCAUUCCAGAAGAAGUUUUAAAAGCUGUUGCAUCCGAAAGAGUAGUGGAGCUGUCUAAACCAAAAGUUUAUAAAAACGUUAAGAAUGAAUACCGAGAAAAUCCUUUCACUGUUGCUCCACGUGCUCUCAAGGCAAAACCUAGCGAACGUGUAUUAGAAUUGGCGAAACCUAAAAAAGUAAAGAAAAGGUAGCAAAC